AUGGUCUUUCGACAAUUUCGAAAUGGUCCGAGCCGGCGGUUUAUACUAGUGGCACUACUUUUUGUUUUUUACUUAUUUACCAUGGCGUUUGUAAUUUUUUCUAAAGAUGACAAUAAAAAUAAUCGUCCUAAGGACGAUGUCAAGGAGAACAAACAUGUUGUUGUAGACCAAAAGGCUGAACAACAGAAAAGUGUUGGACAGAAUGAUUGCAGUCGCUGCCCUUCAGACCCGUUCGUUACAGGUGAUGGGUUUCGUGCCUCUUGUCAGCUUAUAUUUGAUGACACAGUAAGUGCAGAAGCACAGAAGAAUUUUUUGGAAGUUAUUCUCCGUACUGUGGAGACAAAGCGGAUAGAAGAAGGACUCAGUUCCUCUCCAGAAGUGCCAAUAAUGAUAUCUGUGUUUGUACAACCUCAUUGUGUGGAGAAGUUCAUUGAAUACUGUCUUAAACGCGUUGAACGCUCAGAUUCAGGGUGGAAACUCCUUUUGGUUUCUCAUAAUAGUGACGUAUCAAUUCCCUAUAAUAAGAAUAAUUUAGUGAAUAAAAAUGAUGAUCACAACUACGAGAAUCAGAUUUACUGGGUUCUUGAUAACCCGCGAGUGGCGGUGUGGUACGCCACCAACACUGCGAUUGAACACCCAAAAUUGUGGACUAUACCCAUAGGUAUUGAAAAUCGCUAUAAUGCAUAUGGUAAACACGUACGAGUAUAUCGGGAAGCAUAUCAUAAUAUUCGUACAAGGAAUAGGACACGAGAUGAGGAUAAUAAAAGAAAAUUGUUAUUGAUUGCUUUUAGUAUAUCAACUUUCAGAAAAUAUCGUUCAGAGGUUCUUCGAGUAACUACAAAAGCUUUUGAGGAGUACUCAGCAAAUAUCACACUUGUGGGAAAGAAAAAAAAAGGAGGAGCUGUCACUGCGAAAUAUGUCCGAUCAUAUCUUAAUUUGUUAACCCAACAUAAAUUUGUGCUUGCACCACGUGGAAAUGGUAUGGACACACACCGUCUUUGGGAAACCCUCUAUAUGGGGAGUGUUCCCAUUGUACAACGUUCUACAUUGGAUUCACGUCUGCUCUCUGCACUUCCUAUACUCCUCGUUGACAAUUUUUCCGAGGUGACACCUUCUUUACUGACUUCGCCAGAAGCCUUGGCGCUAACUGCACCAGAGAGAUUCAAAGCUGUUGACGAUAAUUUUCUUUCAAUGGCAUACUGGCGUCAGAUUAUAACGCCUAACAGAACCCGAAAUUAA